AAAAAAGAAAAGAAAAGAAAAAAAAACUCUUGCAAACCUGGAGCCGAACUGACGUUUUGGGGGGCACAAAUAAAAUGGCCAUCGCCAGCAGCGCAAGUGAGGAAAAUCGUUCGCCGCGGGUUGCGCAAAUUUAGCAGAAUCCAAGAAAAUUUCGGAUCUCCGGAUUGUUGGUCGGGCGGAGUUUACCGUCGGUUGUCGGUUUGAAGGUGGGUCGUGUGUGGCUCGGUGGUUCCGGAAUCUGUGGGGUUUUUUGGAGAAGAGUUUUUUUCCUGGUUUUGCUUUCCGGAAGAAAUUUGAGUGAGAAUUUUUUUCGACGCAAACAGAAAAGUAGUUUUGGAGAUUUAAUUUUUCGGGAAUUCCAGCAAGGAAAAGAGAUCUAAAGUUUUGGAAAGGUCAAGAAUCCGGUUCGUGCUGCAGUUGUGAAGCCGGGACGCGAUUCCGGAAGAGGUGACUCCGGAAUUUUCGGAUCAAAACAGAGCAGGGUGUGAGAGAGCGAAAGCUGUCAAAGUCGAAAGUGGCCCCCACAAAACCGGGCGGAAAACCGGGAAGAAGCUCCCGAAAAUUUUGGUUGCAAAUUCAGAAAAGAGGUCAACCACAAAAGGUUGAGUUUGUUUUGAUCUGGAAGCGGUUCCGGAUUAGAAGAGAUCAUGCUACCGGCAGCGCCGGCUUAGAGUGUCCUCAAAACAGUGGCAACUUUCUCCUCAGGAAAAGGGAGAAAAAAAGUGGUCCUCCCCGAAAAAGGGGAAGGGGAAGAAAUAUUGCGCAAGUGUUCUCCACACUCCAAUCCAACUCCUCACGUCGAUUCUCCUCGUCCUCACUUGAGGAGGAAGACAGUGAAAAACCAGGAAUACCUCACGGAAAUGUCGACCGGGAACGGUGGCCACAGCAGUAGUAGUAGUAGUGGCGCAAGAAUGGCCGGAAGUUGGCGAAAUAAUCGGUGGCCGAAGAGGCAAGCAAAAUGGCAAAUUGGUGGAGCAGGAAUGAUGGUGGCGAUGCUGUUGGCGGCGGUGCUGGUGCUGGCGGAAUUUGGAGAACGGAACGCAGUGAACGCUUCGCGGAUCAUCCGGCACACCAACAACAAGCGCAGCAGCAGCCUCAACGACUACCAGGACUCGUCGCUGGCCAAGGAGCAGCACCACCACCAACAGCAGCAGCAGAUUAAUGGGAAAUAUUUAAGCUCCCACGAGAACCAUGACGAUGACAGCCAGGGUGCGGAACCGGGAGCGACACUAUUCGCGUCGGUGCCGUCGUCCUCGUCGUCACUGUCAUCGCCGCUGUCGCAUAAUUCGCCGCAAACAUUGACGCUGACGGCGGACAAAAAUAAAACCAAAUUAUUAAAAUGUCACUGCGACAUUUGCAAGGAUCAAAACUACGUGUGCGAAACGGACGGACUGUGCUUCACGUCGCUGUCGCUCGAGCACGGCACCUACAAGUACUCGUACAGAUGUCUCGAACGACGGAUUCUGACUCCGCCGGACAAUCCGAUCUGGUGCCGGGAAAAGUCCCCCGUCGGACGGUACCACACGAUGGGAUGCUGUGACAGCAACUACUGCAACGGGCAGAUUGUCUUCCCGAACGGAACGUCGUCGACGUCGGAACCGUAUUACGGUACGGCUUCCAAUGCUACCGAAUCACCUGAGGUGAAGGAGAUGGACCUGGCCCUGCUGAUGGUGUUGGCCGUCGGCGGAGUGAUGGCGUUCGCGCUCUGUGUCAGCCUGAUGUUUGUGAUGCUCCGCCGGAGGAAGCGCAACAGCGGCGCUCGGCAGAUCCUGCCGGAGGAUUCCGUGUGCGGCGCGAGCUACCCGAUUCUGAACGGCCACUCGACGACGCUGCACGACUUUAUCGAGAUGACCACGUCCGGGUCGGGGUCGGCCGGUCUCCCCCUCCUCGUCCAGCGGUCCAUAGCGCGCCAAAUCCAACUCGUCGAGGUCAUCGGCAAGGGUCGCUUCGGCGAGGUGUGGCGUGGCAAGUGGCGCGGCGAAAACGUCGCCGUCAAGAUCUUCUCCAGCCGCGAGGAGUGCUCCUGGUUCCGGGAGGCGGAAAUCUACCAGACCAUAAUGCUGCGCCACGAGAACAUCCUCGGCUUCAUCGCUGCCGAUAACAAAGAUAAUGGCACUUGGACUCAGCUCUGGCUGGUGACGGAUUACCACGAGAAUGGAUCGUUGUUUGAUUUCCUGACGGCGCGCUGCAUCGACACCAAGACGAUGGUCGAGAUGGCGUACUCGAUCGCGACCGGCCUGGCCCACCUGCACAUGGACAUUGUGGGAACGCGCGGAAAACCGGCCAUCGCCCAUCGGGACCUCAAGUCGAAGAACAUUCUCGUCAAGUCGAACCUCUCGUGCUGCAUCGGUGAUCUCGGGCUGGCGGUGCGUCACAAUGUGGCCACCGAUACGGUGGACAUUCCGUCCACGCACCGGGUCGGAACGAAGCGUUACAUGGCGCCGGAAGUGCUGGACGAGACGAUCAACGUGAACCAGUUUGAUUCGUUCAAGCGAGCGGAUGUGUACGCGUUCGGGUUGGUGUUGUGGGAGAUUGCGCGGCGCUGCAACGUCGGGGGAAUCUACGACGAGUACCAGCUGCCUUUCUACGAUGUGGUGCAGCCAGAUCCGACCAUCGAGGAGAUGAGAAAGGUCGUCUGCACGGACCGGCAGCGGCCGAGCAUACCGAACCGGUGGAUCGCCUCCGACACGCUCCACUCGAUCUCCAAGGUGAUGAAGGAGUGCUGGUACCAGAACCCGGCCGCUCGCCUCACCGCGCUGCGCAUCAAGAAAACGCUGGCGAACAUUCGCUAGAGGCGGCCACCGGCCACCGACCAGUGUGGCACCGGUUCCGGCGACGCUCCGUCGGCUUCGUGGGUGUAAGAUAGGAGGGAGUGUUUGCGUGUGAGUACUAAACAAUGCCGAAAAGUUCAAGUUUUGAGGUGGGGAUGAAAGGGAAGGAACGGAAGGAUGAUGAACUCUCGAUUUAGGAAUUAAUGCAGACAGAAGAAACACACACACACACACACAUUUUCUAGCUGGUAAGAGUAUUUAACAUUUAAGAUGGAUUGUGAACGCCGCGUGUGUGAUAAAGUCGACGACUUUUGUGGGUAAAAGUGAGUUUGGGGUGAGAUGAGAGAGAAAUAACUAUAGUUGUGUAAGUUUACAGUUUAUUGUGAAUCGUAGGUGUAAGGAUUUUCAUUCUUUUGCUAGAUCAAAAGAAACAAAUUUAGAAACACCUAGUGUUAGUAAGGCUAACAGGCGGAAGGACAUGUGACGUGUAGACUAUUAAGUUUAAAAAUGGAGGAGAAGUAUCUGAUACACCAAGUGUAGAGUUGAGCAACCUUGGAAACACACACACUGUCCGUAACCGUAAACGAACCGUACUAUCAUUUGUUUGUUUUAUUGAACGAUUAAUCAAUGUUUUGGAUGUUUGAUUUUAUUGUCAAGCUGGGUGCGAAACAGAUCUUUAUACAGUAAUAUAAUAUAUAUAAACUAUUAUUUAUUAGUUUCACCUUAUUUAUCAUAUAUUUGUGAGCAUUUUCUUGGUUUACACAUUUCUAACAUAUCCCCCCUCUAAAACACUCCUCCUCAAUCAAAGAUUCAAAGUUAAUCGCGAGUAAGAGAAAAAGAAAAUAGUAACAUAAAAUUGUACCUCCAUUUACAGACAGACACAAACAAAAAAAUACACUGUAAAAAAUCAGCAGCAGGAAUCCAUUACAUUUAAUCGAGGGAGCGAACUGUUGAAAUCCAAAAAGGCAAACACGUUACUCACACAGUUUUACAAAUCAGAAUUUAAGAGCAAACAGCAACACAAAAAAAAGAGAAAAGAGCAGAUUACUUCCAUUUAGAGACUGUUGAUGAAACUAUUAGAUUAUGAAAUGUUUUAACAUCUUCAGCGCCAACACACACAGAAAGAGACAGAGGGAGAGAGAAAAGAUAAAAACAGUUCAAAAUUCCUCAAUAACCGCAAAUUCCUCACACAAUUACUUACACCUGUUCAGUUGAGAGCAAGUUGAUUUCCAAACUUUUAACCCCUUCACACACACCAUCCUACCCUAAAGACACA